GUAAUGAUAAUAAUCCCUCCGAGUUUCAGAAGUGUGUGCUUGUGCCUCUCGUCAGGUGGUGGAGCUCUUACUGAGUCACGGCGUGGAGGUGAACGUGGUGGACCAGCAGGGUCGGACGGCUCUGAUGACGGCAGCCUCAGAGGGUCAUGUGACCGUCGCCCAGCUGCUGCUGGAUCACGGAGCCUCUCUGGACCAGACGGACAGGGAGGGGUUAACGGCACUGAGCUGGGCGUGUCUGAAGGGUCAGCUCCCGUUGGUCAGAGAGCUGGUGCAGAGAGGAGCCGCCACGUCGCACGCCGACCGCAGCGGACGCACGCCGCUCGACCUGGCCGCCUUCCGCGGCGACCCUGA